AUGAGUAUAUGACUAAUAGAGUCAAUAGUGUAGCGACCAGUAGUUGUAGCUCGGGUAUUCACUUUGUUGCCUUUCUUCUGUUGCAUAUAAUAUAUUUUCAUCUGCCUCUUAUUCUUAUCAGUUUCCUGUGUUUACUUGCAUGCAGAUAUGGCCACUCCCAUUAUCUUUGACAUGUACCAGGCCGAGGAGGAAGAGGAGGUUCCCCAACUCCAGUGGAGAUCCAAGAGGAGAACUGGCGAAUCCAGCCGAGGCCCUCCAGCCAAGAAGGGUCGAACAGAAGACCUUCCCAAGGACGCGCCAACUGGGCAAACUCCUGGGCCAACGGGGCAAACUCAUCCACCAGCUCCUACUGAGAAGCAGACUCCUCCUGCCCCACCAAAUCCUCCGGCUGCGCCCACUAGAGAGGAAAUCACUCGUGAAGAAGCUCUUGGGGCCAAACUCAUGAGUCGUACCCUUCGAUCAGCAAGGGAUCGCCUUGACCGCAUUGGCAAAGGUGACCGUGUCAGAGAUGCAAUGGUCGAGGUUGAAAACAUGGGGGUCGACCAGGUUCUGAACAGGGCCCUGAAUGAAAUCUCCAGUGCCUUGCUAUCUGCUAUCACUUCUCGUACCCGUAUCCAGGCUUCCAUCGAGCAGGCCAAGGCAAAGGCCACUGAGAGGCAUCAAGUGAAGGUGGCUGAGGAGCUUUCAGCUGCAGAGGCUAGGCACGCCAAGGAGUUGGAGGCAAUGGCUCGAGAAAGGGAUGCUGCGGUGACCAAAUUGUCAGAGGCUGAAGCUGCAAAAGAUGUCGCGGUAAAGUUGAGGCAGCAGUAUUGAGAGUCCAACCAAACCCAUCUUUGCGAGAUCAAGCAUCUGGGAGAGACACUCAAGUCCAAGGACGAGGCUAUUGUCACUCUUGAAGGCAAGGUGAAGCAGCUGGAGCUUGACAACUCCAAAAAUCUUGAAAAGUACAAGUGGACGACGCUCCGAUGUUUCUACAACUUCUGGAAACAUAAUCAAGGUGCCGACUUUAGCUAUCUUUCGGAGGAAGUUAGGACUACUGAGUUGGCUCGCUGCACCUCUCAACUGGCCGAAGAGGAGGCAAGACUGAGGAUCCCUGCUUCUCCAAGCAUCGUUGGUGUAGAAGAAGAAGAAGUUGUCGAGGACGCAACCAACCAGGAUGUUGCCCAGGACCCUCCAGCCCCAAAUGCCUCUUAAACUUUCCCAUUUAUUUUUUCUCUCUUUUUGGCCACACGGCCUACGGGUCGUGAUGUAAAGACAAUAAUUUCUUUUUAAACUUUGCUGCACGGGUAGCAAAUCUUUUUUUCUUUUAUUCAAACAGUUACAUCCAAGCAGCAAUGCUUGCGGUGUAAAAGCUUAAAUCUUGAUGCUAUAAUAUCUUUAUUUAUUAUAACAUUUGUCCAUAUGACCGAACUUAGCAUAGUACUUUGGCAUGAUUUAACAAAACAUAAAUUUUGAAAAAUACUCUAAGUACUGCAGCAUGCUUUCACUCAUUUUGUUCAUGUGUUUACAUACCUUGCGAGUAUGCUUCGCUAUCGAUGUGCCUUAUAUGCCCCCCAAGUGAUCGAGGAGCUUUAGGUCCUAGGUCACUUGCCUUGACCAUGGCCUGUUUGAACAUUCCUGUUCGUAUGAAAAUUGAUACUUGUAAUACAGCAAAACAACACACGUAAUGAACAAAUACUUGUAAACGUAAAUUCACAAUGGUUGGCAAGAAUGACUGACUGCGCACAGUCCUUUAUAAUCUCGUAUUAAAAAAAUGGACUAAACAUGUCUUUACGAGUGAUUCUAUAAUAGAACCUUACAUAUACGAGUAGUUAGCCAUACAACGUGGCUAACCCUCUUUGCAAAACUUGUAAAAAUUGAAAUUUAAUACAAGCCAGUCCUUUAAAAAGGGUUGUUUACUGAUAAUACUUGCGCAGGUGUUCUCCAUUCCAAUAGCGGGGAACGAGAUCUCCAUUUAAGCGUGCAAGUUUGUAUGUGCCUGGAUGAAGGACUUCUUCAAUUUGGUAAGGUCCUUCCCAAUUGGGUCCAAGCACUCCAGCAGUAGGGUCACGGGUAUUUAAGAAAACUCGUCGUAACACCAAGUCACCGACAUUGAAUUUUCUUUCUUUAACUUUGGAGUUAAAGUACCGGGCGAAUUUUUGCUGAUAUGCACCAACUCGGAGUUGAGAUUUCUCUCGUAUCUCAUCAAUUGAGUCUAGGGACUCCAUCAUUAGCUGGCUGUUCUGAUCCUGGUCGUAAGUCAAACACCGAUGUGAGGGGGGAUCUAACUCAACAGGCAACAUGGCCUCAUACCCAUAGGCUAGGGAAAAUGGAGUAUGUCCUGUUGCUGUUUGGUGAGACGUUCUAUACGACCAGAGGACUUCAGGCAACUGCUCUGGCCACGCUCCUUUAGCUUCUUCAAGUCUUUUCUUCAGGGUGUCUUUAAGAGUCUGGUUUACGGCUUCGACCUGCCCGUUUGCUUGGGGGUGUGCAACUGAAGAAAAGCUUUUAAUAACUCCAUGCCUCUCGCAAAAAUCGGUGAAUAAGUCGCUGUCAAAUUGGGUCCCGUUGUCUGAAACUAUCUUCCUGGGCAAACCAUAUCUGCAUACAAUGUUC